UUAUAGUAACAUCUUUCUCUCUUCUUCAUACCCUUUAUUUCCUUUCUAAAAAGUUUACAAACGAGAGGAUCUUGUAGAGGAAACAAACUAAGAAACCUAAUAAACACACGCAAUAUAUUUUGUCCUUUAAAGAGACUUGGAUGGCAAGGAACAGGAAGGAUAAAGAUGGAGGAUUCGGCACGGAUGGUUUGGUUGCUGUGGCGAUAGACAAAGACAAGAGCAGCCAAAAUUCUCUGAAAUGGGCUGUUGAUAAUUUGUUACAGAAAGGCCAAACCAUCCUUCUCGUACAUGUCAAGCCUCGUGCUUCCUCCGUCUCAACAAACCCUUCUACUAACCCAAACUCUUCUAAGACGAGCCAAACAAAUGGUGAUUCUUCAGUGGUGACUGUAGAACCAGACGGCUCUUACAAACAGUUGUUCCUUCCCUUUCGUUGCCUUUGUUCACGCAAAGAAAUACAAUGCAAAGAUGUGUUGUUGGAGGAUUCAGAUGUGGGGAAAGCUUUAGUUGAAUAUGCAAAUCAGGUUAUUAUUGAGGUGUUGGUGGUUGGUGCUUCCUCAAAAGGAGGCUUUCUCAGGUUCAACAAACCUACAGACAUUCCAGUAAUCAUUACAAAGAAUGCACCAGAUUUCUGCACUGUUUAUGUCAUAACCAAAGGAAAGCUUUCAACAAAGAGAGCAGCCUCUCGUACUGCGCCUUCUGUUUCUCCUUUGCGCAUUGAGAUUCAACAGAAUAGCUCAAGGCCACAAUAUCCACGUUUGCCUUCUCCUGCAACUACUAACACAAGAGCAGCUGAGAGACAAUCAUUUGAGUCUCAGCGCAGGUCCCUUGACGACCAAUCUGAGUCCUCCAGGCCACCUUUCACUAGAAGAGGCCUGAAUGGGAGAUCAUCAUACGGAGAUCUAUCGAUUCCAGAUCCUGACAUAUCCUUGUUCAGCUCCGGAAGACCAAGUACUGAGCGUCACUCCCUUUCCUUGUUUGACAAUUCUGACCAAAAUCGGACUCCUCCUCCAAGGCUAUCAAAUUUCUCCGACAUUGACAAUGGUAGCUUCGAGUCGAUGAACUACGGACAGGGGUCAAUGGAUAUAAGCUCACCACCUGCUUCCUCAAGAGACUCAUUUGAGAACGAAAGGUUUUCAUCUGCUUCACCAGGAGGGGAGGAUGUGGAGGCUGAGAUGAGGAGGCUUAAACUGGAGUUGAAACAAACGAUGGAAAUGUACAGUUCAGCUUGCAAGGAAGCGCUCACAUCAAAACGGAAGGCAACGGAGCUUCAACGCUGGAAGUUAGAAGAAGAGCGGAAGUACGAAGAGGCAAAGCAAGCAGAGGAAGCUGCGUUAGCCAUUGCAGAGAAGGAGAAAGCAAAAUCCAAAGCAGCACUGGAAGCAGCUGAAGCAGCUCAAAGGAUCGCUGAAAUGGAGUCCAAAAAGAGAAUCAGUGCGGAGAUGAAAGCUCUCAAGGAGACUGAGGAGAAAAAGAAAGCGGUGAAUGCUUUAGCGAAUGCAGAUGUCAGAUACAGGAAGUACUCCAUCGAGGAGAUUGAGGAUGCGACAGAGUACUUUGAUGAGAAGUACAAGAUAGGAGGAGGAGGUUAUGGACCUGUCUACAAGUGUUAUCUGGAUCAGACACCUGUGGCUGUGAAAGCUUUGCACACAGAUGCAGCUCAAGGCAGGUCACAGUUUAAGCAAGAGGUUGAAGUGUUAAGCUGCAUGAGGCACCCUCAUAUGGUUCUUCUGCUUGGAGCCUGCCCAGAAGGUGGGUGCUUAGUGUAUGAGUUCAUGUCCAAUGGGAGCUUAGAAGACCGUCUUUUCCAACAAGGAGACAGCCCACCCCUCUCUUGGCAAACGCGGUUCAGAAUCGCUGCAGAGAUCGGCACUGUACUGUUGUACCUCCACCAGACUAAACCAGAACCACUUGUUCACCGUGAUCUCAAGCCGGCAAACAUCUUGCUAGACCGCAACUUUGUCAGCAAGGUUGCUGAUGUUGGCCUGGCUAGGCUUGUCCCUCCAUCGGUUGCAAACACUGUGACGCAAUACCGCAUGACAUCAACUGCUGGCACGUUUUGCUACAUCGAUCCAGAGUAUCAGCAGACAGGUAUGCUGGGUGUGAAAUCUGACAUCUAUUCACUCGGCAUUAUGUAUCUGCAGAUGAUAACAGGAAAGCCACCAAUGGGUCUAACUCGUUACAUUGAGAGUGCCCUGGAGAAGGGGAAUUUGAAAGAUGUGCUUGAUCCAUCUGUCUCUGAUUGGCCUGUUGAAGAUACCACAGAGUUUGCCAAGUUGGCUCUCAAGUGUGCUGAGAUAAGGAGGAAAGACAGACCUGAUCUUUCCAAAGUUAUCUUGCCAGAGCUCAACAGACUAAGAGCACGUGCUGAAGAAUCAAGUCGGUCUGCAGUAGUCAUCAACAGUCCCGGACCAAGCCCCACCGUUAGUCAAACGUCUUCCCCCAAGUUGAACAAAUGAUUGAUAUUUCUAUGACUGCUUCAGUAACCUCUGAAGUCUCAAGUUUUGUUGUGAUGAACAAACUGAUCUGCACA